AUGUCGAAUGAGAUACAGAAAGUGGGUCCUUCUGUGAAGACAAGUGCACCUGCUGUUGUGUUGCCUUCAUCCCAUAAUUAUGCAGAAAAGCCUGAAAAAUUUAAUGGGAUAGAUUUUAAGAGAUGGCAACAAAAGAUGUUGUUCUACAUCACCACAUUGAAUUUGGCUCAUAUCUUGAAAGCAGAUCCUCCUGCACCUGGUGAUACAAUAGAAACAGUGGCUGCUUCUGAUGCAUGGAACCAGUCGGAUUUCCUUUGCAGGAACUACAUCCUAAAUGGUUUAAGUGAUGCACUAUACAAUGUGUAUAGUCCAAUUCAGACUGCCCAAAGCUUUAUGGGAGUCACUAGACAAGAAAUAUCGGAACGCCCCCACCGCCUGCCCCCCUCCCGCCGCUGCCGGGCCUGCAGCCCCUUUCUUGUCGGCGGGUUUCUUGCUCCAAGCUGGUGCCUCCCGCCGUCUCCGGCCCGUCACGCCCUCCCCUCCUUCUACAGGAGAUACCUGCAGCCACGGGCCGCUUGCUCGUGCGGUUUCCCGGUGGCUGCGUCCCUUGCCCCUUACCACCCCUUUGGGGGCCGGAUUCCCCCCUCCCUUCGCCUCCGCGCCGGCGUGGGACUUGCGGCUUUGUCGUACGGCUCCGGAGCCGCGGCCCCUCGGCCCGUGCUGCCCCCCGUUGGCUCUCGCCUGGCCGCUCCGGCUACCCGUCGUGGCCCCCGCGUCCGCCCUCCCCCGCCGCGCCGCCUCUGGAGCCGGCCCCCCCUCCCGGGCCCCCCCCCGGCCGUCCCGGCGUUUUCCGGGCCCUGCCUUCCCUUGCCCCACGCCCGGGCCAUCGCGCGUGCGGCUUGCGCCGUCGCACCUGGCCCCGGCCCCCCCCACGCCCCCGGGCCCCGCCUGACCGCCCCCGGACGCCGCCGCUCCCCUUCCUGCUUGCCGCAUUCCUCUUUCUGCAGUCGUGUCUGCCGUGCCCCUUGGUGGGGUCAACCACGCCUGGUGGGGGCUCCUGGAGCUCCCGCCCCCUAUGUUUCUGAAAGGCCGCUGUUUUUACCUAGUGCAGAAAUGACAAGGCGAGCCUUUAUGCCUGGGCCCUCCUCCCCUCCAAAUUCCUGGCCACGGGAAAAUCAUUCCAGAUGA